AUGCGUCAGACCCGCGUGGACGAGGUGAACCCGAGGGUGGGCGGCCGAGCGGCUCGGGUGCGAACGGCGCUGCGGGCCAGGGCGGCGGCGCAUCACCCGAACGCGCACAUCUCGUCCGCGGUGCGGUCCAUCGAGCGGGCGCUGCUCGGCGGGGACGUGGAGCUCGUGCUGAACCAGCUGUUGACGGGCAUGGUGGAGUCGCCGAACAGCGUCCACACCGGGGUCAUCGACCCCUCCACCGGGGGAUUCAACUCCCUCUCGCACUCGUCGUCCAGAGCUGAUUUAGGGGCGUCCUCAGACCCCGGGGGGAACCCUGUCGAGCAAUCCUCCUCGGCUCCUCACCUCCACCAGCUCCUCGAGGCGAUCCUGGUGCAGGCGAACGUGGACGACAUGUCCUACGAGGAGCUGCUGGACAGGUUCGGACCGGGGAUAGAGGGACCCGCCGCCGCGCCCGCGUCCGCCGUACGAGCCGUGCCCAGACGUCGACUCACCGGCAAGGACGUGGAGGCGCUCGUCCGCAAUGAAACUCGAUCCACCGAGCGCGCGUGUUGCGUGUGCCUCGAGGACUACGGCAAAGGGGAUACCGUGAAGACCCUGCCGAGAUGCGGCCACCGCUUCCACGCGCACUGCAUCGACAGGUGGCUGCUGUGCAGGAACGCGUGCCCGGUGUGCAGGGUCGGGUUGGAGGUGCCCGUCACGGAGGGGCCGCCGGGACCGGCGGCGGCGGCGGCGUGACGAGACGGGAAACUCUCGAGCGGGAGUGAAGGAGUGGAUACGUGGCGGCGCGAUGGAGGUGGCCGCGAUGGAACGGGUCUAUUCCACGACGCGUGUACCAACGACGACGAAUUAACGUUUGUAAUCCAAUUUCACCGCGACUAAUU